CAUACUCUAUAGAAAAUGGAACCCUUCAACAACCCGAACAAUCCGAACAACCCGAACAAUCCCAACAACCCGACCCAACCUAAUGUUUUCUCGGUUCCGGCAUAUUAUCCGACGGUAGAACCGAACCAAUUCUCGCAAUAUUCAUCAAAUGCGUUUGCAUCAUUCCAACACUCGCCAAACCAAUUCGCUCAAUUCUCUCAAAAUCAAGCCAUUCAACAAAUGAUGUUGCGGGGUGCUUAUAAUUUCCCACCGAAUCCGACACCACCCGUUCAACCCCAACCAAUCCCGAUGCAACCCUUUCAACAACCCGAACCCGACGACGAUGUGGAGGUUGUUCCCGAAACCCAACCGACUAAAGGAAAAGGAAAACGAAACAAAGGCAAGCAAGUGGUUGGUGAUCAAUCGUCCAAACCGAAGUCGACUAAGUGGACGCCAAUCGAAGAAGAAGCCUUAGCCAAGGCUUUCAUAGCCACGUCUAACAACAAGACAAAAGGUAAUAACCAAACGGGUGACGGGUUUUGGUCCAAGGUUUUGGCGAAGUUCCUCGAACUUAUGGACCAAGGCCCGUAUCGUGAUAUUGACUCGGUGUCGUCAAAGUGGCGGAAAUUGAACUCGGCCGUCAAUAGGUUUUGCGAGGAAUAUAAUAAAAUAUAUACAAGUGGGCGUCGUAGCGGCAUGAGCGACGACGAUAUUUUCAAAAAAGCGUUGGACAACUAUAAGUCGAACAAUGCUAAUACCAACUUUGCUCACGUUCGCGCGUGGGAAAUUAUGAAAAAGGAACCGAAAUGGUCGCCGAUUCCUAACGAGGUGGAGAUGGCGAAACGCUAA